UCAGUGGCUGUGUAUUCGAGAGGUGAUGUUCAAAAAUAUGAUAUUUGGUAGAAGUGGAUUGGGACUUUUAUUAAAUUUGCAAAAUUCCAUAAAAAAGAACUCGAGAUUCUUUUAGGUGCCACCUUUAUGACUUCAUACAUUAAGUUUGCUAUAUAUUUUAUGUUCACUCAUGAAAAAGUCAAGCUGCCUGUUUUCGCUUUGCAGUGCGGAGUUAACUUGGUGAAAUGUCCCCGGUGAGGCAAAUAGUAAAUUAUCGGAUAACGCCAGACCACAAGAUGGCCGACUGUUAUUCGUAAGAUAAUGUCUGGUGCAUCUGGUUCAUCAGGAAGCGGGACAGGACGAGGACGGGGUGGUGCAAACUCUGGAGUAUCCGAAAACAAACCUGACUCUAAAGAGAACCGACCAAAUCCCAAGAUGUCAAAAGCUCUAGGCACAUCGGCUAAGAGGAUUCAGAAGGAAUUGGCAGAGAUCACACUUGAUCCCCCACCUAACUGCAGUGCAGGGCCUAAAGGAGACAAUCUAUAUGAAUGGGUGUCCACCAUCCUGGGGCCACCAGGCUCAGUGUAUGAGGGUGGUGUCUUCUUCCUUGAUAUACAUUUUUCUCCAGAAUACCCAUUCAAACCACCUAAGGUAACAUUCCGUACCAGGAUAUACCACUGCAACAUUAACAGCCAGGGUGUGAUAUGCCUGGACAUCCUCAAGGAUAACUGGUCACCAGCUCUCACCAUAUCUAAAGUCUUGCUAUCAAUAUGCUCACUCCUGACUGACUGCAAUCCAGCGGAUCCCCUGGUAGGCAGUAUUGCUACACAAUAUCUGCAGAAUAGAGAUGAACAUGAUCGUAUCGCCCGCCUGUGGACCAAGCGUUACGCGACAUGAUUGCCCUGCCUUCAUUGUCCUACAUGUAUCUUACUCAAAAUCAUUCUGUUCUCAGUCCAUCCUCUUCACGUAAAUAUAAGCUUACUUAUCUAUCUGUGUGCACAGUUUGCGACAUAUUCGCCUUUCAUAGUCGACCGUUUGAGUUUUUAAAUGCAAAGACAACCCAUCCUUUGAAAACAGUCGCUUUUUUUCAUUGGAUGUGUUCAUUGGUCGACUAACAGGGUCCUUCCUUCACCACAAUGGGGACUUCAUGUAUUAUUACAUGUCUAUAGUGAAGGAUAAAUAUGUCAGAUAUGAAAGAGUUGAUCUUGGUCCAAACCCAAUGAAAAAAGUUACAUUUCUUAAGAGAUCAUAAGAAAUGUAACUAUUUUCAAGAGAUGGGUCGAGAUUAGACUUGAAUGGGUUGCAGAAAACAUGCAUCUAACUGUGUGGUCUCUUGUGACCCUCCAGUGUUGUAAAUGUAAUCGGAUAUGCCGUGAAAAGUGUGUUGUGUAUAUUGGCUUAAAAGUGUUUAGUUGCAAUUAAUGUGAUUAAACCAUUGCUUCAAAUGGUCUGAACUGUAUAAUUUUAGGUGAUUUCUUUUCUUAGUUUAAUGACUUUAUGUUAAUUUAGUCCUGUAUUAUAUUACAGUGAUAAGUUUAUCUAAUGAAUGUGUAUCGUAGAAUGUAACCAGUGAAUUGAGUCAAAUUAUUUGCCGCAACGAUGCGUUGAUCUCAAACACUCCUUGAACUGUUACUACAUUAGUAUUAUAAUGUCAAAUUAUUCUGGUCUACAUUGAAUAGAGUUCUGUCUAUGGAAUGGUAUUUUGAUUUGAAGUAUUUUUCACUAUGAGGUUUUUAAUCCCUUGUUUUUUUUUACUGUCCUUGUGUGGACAACAAAUCUUGUAAUGCCAUCAAAUUUCUUGUUUGUUAUGUCCCGGAAAUAUUUUGAUUGUCAAUGAUUUUGAUGUAUAUAGUAAUUUUUUUGUAGUUACUUUUUUCAUUAUUCUAUCUUUAAUGUUUAAAUGGUUGUUAUAAAACCUCGCACAUCGAUUUUGGUUUCCUAAUUAGUCGAAAUUAAAUUACGAAAGCUCUUAUGUUAAUUCUUUUCAUAUUCGUUUUUUUUUAUACAGAUCAUUGUCUAGUUCAAGAUUUUUAAUUUAAUAUCAACAGACAAUCAAAAACAAUAGCAAUGUAUUUUUUUUAUUUGAGUAACAGUUUGUUAUUAAGGAAAAUUUGAAGACAUUUUGAUGAUUUCAUGAACUCAUUUUUUUAAAUAAAAUGACAAUUUCAAUAUUGUUGUAUUAAUUUACAAAGCCUUUAAAUUCUACUACAGAACAAUUGGGGAGAUUAUCCUAUAUUGACAGUGGUUUAAAACAUCUUGAACUUUUUAAGAUGAUGUAAAGAUUUUCGGAAACUUUGACAAUCGCUAUUGGAUUAAAAAGAAAGUUGAGAGUAUUUUAAUUUUGUUCUACUCAAAACAUAUCAAAUAAUGUGGACGUAAAAGUGACAAAUGUGUUUACGCAAUUUUUUCGUGCCAAAUAAUAGGCAGUCUCUACAACCUCUACUUUUCUUUCGACUAAGAAAUUCCGUUUAGUAAGUUAACAAGUUACUAGAUGUAAGUUAUUCUAUUGUGUAGGUAACGUAUAAUGUAUGUCUUAAAAUGUGUUUUCACUGAAACUGAACGCGAAAUUACGAUAAUUCAGAAUAAACCCUUUCUUCUAAUUAAUCACAAAUCGAUUUAAAUAUAAAAUUACAUAAAAGCCUUCAGUAAAGAAUCUAGUCUAUAAAGUAAAAAAAAAAAUUUUUUUUGAAAAAUUGGAAAAAAAAUUUUUCGCUUUGUUUCAGUGAAAACACACCCUUAACUUUAGAUAUUUAGCUGUGUAAUUUAUCAAAGUGUACGCUCGUAUAAUGCGGUAUUGAUGACAAAACUGUGAGGUUGCGAUACGAAAUUAGUGAUUUUUUUUGUGAAAAAUAAAACUGGUGCUGUGAAAUGGCUACGGCAUAGACAAUGAAUGGCGCCAUAAUUUUGUCAAUGUGAUUUUUUUUAAUUAAUUUUAUACUAUUUCGAAAUGCUUGCAAAAAUGACCGCUCUUUUUCAACAUGACUGAUGUUCCUUAUAAUUGAGUCUUGAGCCCAUGUAAUAACCAUCUUUUGUUAAAAUUUAUAUAUCAUAUAAAAAUAGGAAAAUAAAAUUGUGUGUAACUAGGACACUAA